CCACAACUAGACGGGAGUGUUUCAGCAUACUCGAGACUUCAACACUAUAGCUUCACUCUACUCUAAUCAACCAUUGCUAUCGCUACUUCGACAUUCGCAAGCUAGACAGCCCACCAUGGCACUCUUCACACCUACGAUGCUGCGCACAGCUUUCUCUAUGUCCCGGUCAGCCUGCAUUCGCCAUGCUACCCUGCGCUACUCGUCCACAUCGACUUCUGAGUCUGUUGUUCUCCCACGUUUACAAUCCGACCUCAAGACCGCGAUGCGCUCGAAGAACAAGCCUGCGCUCAACGUCAUCCGUGCCCUCCAAGCCGAGAUCAUCAACGCUUCCAAGACCGCAAAACCAAUCGAGAACGACGGCACAUUCUACGCUUUAGUCCAGAAGCAAAUCAAGGCUUCCAACGCCGCGAUAGAGGAGUGCACCGCCGCAAAGCGUCUGGACCUGGUGGAGAAGGAGCAAGCGCAGCUGGAUGUGCUGAAGAAGUAUGCAGAGGAUAUCCCCAAGCUGUCGGAGACCGAGUUGAACGGCAUCAUUGACCAGGCGGUUGCUGGGUUUGAGGAGGCUAAGAAGGCGUAUGGGCCUGUCAUGGGCAAGGUCAUGGGCGCCAUCAAGGGGAGGCCGCAUGAUGUUGAGUAUGUGCAGAAGAAGAUCGAGGAGCUUGUCGGAAAGAAAUAGAUGUGGUUAGGAUCUGGGAGGAAUACGACUGGACAAUGACUGUAUAUCACGUAUCAAAGAUGUACCUAG